CUACAGGUCUGUUGGGGGAAGCCGAUGAACAACAACCGCAUGCAUAACACAUACGGGAUACGCUACGACUCCAGAGCAUGAUUGUACACACGUUGGUCACCCGUGGAUCACUAGUAACGAAAAAAAAACGCUAUAGUGUCGUACUUGCCUUGUUGUAUACAAGUUGAACCAAUUGUAGUUGAGUUAGCCUUUGUUGGAUUGACUGUGUGAUACGUGGAGGAGUAUGAAGGACCGCGACCGAUACGACGACGGCGAAGCCCUCAGCAUCAAGAAGGAGGAGGGGUACACGGCUCUGUACGCUGUCCUGAAUGUGUCACCGGACGCUUCCCGAGCCGAUAUACAAAAGGCCUUUAAGCGACUGAGUCGAGUCUUUCAUCCGGACAAGCGGGUGCGUCUCGGGGUGUCGACCCAAAACAAUGGUACCAACAGUAUGGCGGAAGAAGCCUUCCAGACGAUUCGUCAAGCGCACGAUGUUCUUUCGGAUCCGGUUUUGCGCUUGACUUACGAUUACGCCGGCAUGUUGGCGGUGGAACUCCUGCUGCGCUCGCAUUUGGCACGGGGCGAUCGUAACGAACCAAGGGGCAGCCACGACGAGUCGUCGCGAUCGACCACGACCAACAAAAAUGAGGAGGAUUCCGACGCGGAAGAUCCCUGGGACCAGGACGACGACGACGACGACGAUGACGAGGGUAACUCUUUGGACUUGUACGUUCAAGUACGAGACGCCCCAUCCUACCAGUAUGCUACUCAAAUACUAGACGAUGCCUUGUAUCGAGUGCAAUCGCACCAAGCAUCCUCACGCACACACUCGCUUAACGGUUCUCUCGCAUUCCCUCACGUGCUCGGUGGUGGCGGUACACAGGACGGCUUUUGGGAGCAAGAUCGCGGUAGUUUGCAAUGGCAGACCAAACGACAAGUAUCGGCGCAAUGGACGGCAACGCUCGGGGCCGGUUCGGAAGUAUCCCGGACGGCGCAAACGGAAAUGUCCACGCAACUUUCGCUCGCCUAUACCCGACCCGGUUACGGACCGGUGGGAUCCGUGGAUGUCAUAUCGUCCUCCCGAAUGCCCGCAGCACCGGUCGUCAAAAUUCAAAGUGGACGUACACUUGCCAACCAGACCAACGUGUUGUUCAGUUUAGCCGGAUCCGUGGACAAUCCGGAGACCUGGACGUAUUCAUUUAUGUCCAGUCGGAAUAUUUUGUGGAAUUCGCCUAGUAGUGAAAGACGCAAGCAAAGUCAUUCGGACCCGUCGUCACCUAAAACGAUUCACGCCUCGUGGCAGUUGGGAAUUUCGUUGCUGGGAAAAUUGCAGUAUUUUCGGGUGGAAUUGCGUCAACCUACGUUGCCGCAUAAAUGGAGUGCCCGCAUCGGCCUCGAUGCGCUCGCUGGUACCUACGAAACCGCCACGUACACUGUAUCGUACGCGCGCCCUUUGGCACCACAAGUGGGCUGA